CAUUCUGUAGCCAAGAAAACAGUUUCAAAAUAUGAACAAAAAACGUUUAUUCAAGAGUAUUACGAAGGGACACAGGAAGCCGCAAGUGGCAACUGGCAAACCAAGCGAAGAGAAGCUGCCCCAGGCAGCGAGCGUUAGCACAAAAGAUGUGUACUACUUCGCGGUGAACUACGACCAAGGCUUUCCGAGUGUUACGGAAGUUGAGAGAUACGCAGUGACGGUGACACCGACUGCUACCCACGUCGUAGAAGAGGAUUUGGUGGAGGAAGACUUAGACGACGAAGAAACAGAGAUGAGCGUAGAUACACACAGAGAUAGUAACGGCAACCGAAGGUAUGCUGGUGAGGAUGGAGGAAUGAAAAGCGUCGAUAGUGUGAAGUAUUCUGAAGAUGAUUUCGAGGAAGAAGAGGAGAAUGAGUGGGAGGAAAAUAGAGACUCGCAUCAACCUACUGCUGAUGGCAAAACCUCUGAAGAGCUUCCAAGAAAGAUAAAAGAAGAGAAGCAUGUGACAAUAGUUGAUCCGGAGCCCAGAAGGCCUGUUCGUGAAGAUACAGAGAGAUCUUUGUACGAUGACACUGAUUCGGAGUCAAGUGGGGCUGAGCACGAGCGUUGGGGAAUUCCGUACAAUAGAUAUCGAGAUGUCAAUAAUAACAAGGACAUAAGAAGAAGCUAUAAAGAACCCGGAAGAAGCCUUUCAGAAGGCCCUACACAUGAAAAGGUGACGAAAAUACAAAACAGACACCACACGGAACACUCAGAUUGCGAAGAGUCCUCAGAUUCACCCCUCAAUUACUACGAUAAGUACCGCUCCACGAACCACGCCCAACAACGAAACCCCAAAAGGAGACAGAAGACCCUGCCGGCGUCAAUAACAAAUAAUUACAAUAGGCCGCCACGCAAGCCUCUGACUUUGCCUAAGGGAACCCGCAAAAGUAACGUGCGAGAGGAGAUGGAGCGAGUUCUGCAGUACACGUUGUUACGGGGCGAGCAUCAAAUCAAGAAUUUGACCGCAGAGGCACAAACAUUACACCAAGAAGCGCAGCGCUUAAGAGAAGAGAACGUCGCGUUGAAGAAGCUUCAGCGCCUGCAGGAUCGCGAGUUGAACGACAUGAGUAAGAUCGUGCAGAUGGUGAACAACACAGCCCGCGUGACGCGCAAGGACGCGCGAGACACUGAAGCAAGCUGCGUGGACGUUAGCCUAUCUGUCAGAAAAAAGAACAUGGACAUUCUGCAUCUCAACGACGAGGUCAAGCGAUAUGAAAAGCUUCUGGCUAUGGACCGGAAGUUGCCGCGACGCUCCAUCUUAGAGGAGAGACUGGGAAGAGCGGAAGCAGAACUUGAACACAAGGACAGGGAGUUGGAGAACCUGCACAAGCAAGUUGUGGUAGCGGACAAGAAAGCUGCUCGAGAAAUAAGAAAAGAAAACAAAAAGUACCAGAAGCUUCAGGUCGAGGUCCAAGGAACUGUGAACGAGUGCGAUGAACUCAAAUCAAGAAUAAAGGAUGCUGAGCACAAACUGAGUAAGACGAACAUCUACAGCAAGCGCCACGCAGCAAAAGCACUUCCUGCUCCCCAGCCCCUCGCGGCCAUCACCUGGAAAGAACAAGAGCCAAAUAACAAAGUGGAGAGAUGGCUCAAUAAUAAUCAGGACAAGCAGAAAGCAAAACGAUGAGGAUAUAGCUCCGCUUUGUAUGUCUGGGAAUAAAUGAAUUUUAUACUACUGGAAACAUAUAAAGUAUAUCAUCUCAAAAACUCGAAAUAUCCUUAGCAUACUCACGCAAGGGAAAUCACCAGAAAAUAAAAUGAUUUCAGGAAAUGUUUUAGUGUAGUUUUCAACCGUGCUCCUAUUAUUAGUAAGCGUUCUUUGAAUCUUAGAUUUUGAAGAAAUUCAUCCUGUUAAAUAUCCUAUUAUAUUUCUACAAUGUAAAUAAUGCAUGAUUUCUUUAUUAUUCCAUUAUCUUUUGUUACAAUAGAAAAGACAUGUGGAA